CACUUCCCUUUCGGGAGGAGGGAGGGGAGAAAAAGGUGUCUAGAUCCUUUCUGCUUAAAAAAGCAAAGGGAAAUCGCCGGCAACUUUGCAGCCGCUGUCCCCUCGCUCCUGGACCAUGCACCCCGGCAUCUGCCUGCUCGACCUCAGGCGAGGACUUGAUUUCUGGAGCUGAGGUCUAAAACUUUUUUGACUUUUCUUCUCCCCAGCUACUGAAUCAUGCCAUGUGCCCAGAGGAGCUGCUGGCUUGCAAACCUCUCCGUGGUGGCUCAGCUCCUUAAUUUUGGGGCGCUGUGCCAUGGGAGACAGCCUCAGCCAGGCCCGGUUCGCUUCCCGGACAGGAGGCAAGAGCAUUUUCUUAAGACCUUGCCGGAAUACCACAUGGUAGGUCCUGUCCAAGUAGAUGCCCGAGGGCAUUUUUUGUCAUAUGGCUUGCACCAUUCUAUCAUGAGCAGCAGGAGGAAGAGAGAUUUGGAUGGCUCGGAGGACCGGGUGUACUACAGGAUUUCUCAUGAAGAGAAGGACCUGUUUUUCAACUUGACUGUCAAUCGAGGAUUUCUUUCCAAUAGCUACAUCGUGGAGAAGAGAUAUGGAAACCUCUCGAAUGUAAAGAUGAUGGAGUCCUCUGUCCCCCACUGCCAUCUCAGGGGUGCAGUUCUGCAGCAGGGCACCAGAGUCGGGACGGCAGCCCUCAGUGCCUGCCAUGGACUGACUGGAUUUUUCCAUCUUCCCCAUGGAGACUUUUUCAUUGAGCCCGUGAAGAAGCAUCCGCUGGCUGAGGGAGGGUACCACCCACACAUCGUUUACAGGAGACAGAGGUGGAGAGUUCCAGAGAUGGAGGAGCCAACCUGCGGAUUAAAGGGUAUUGUGACUCAAAUGUCCUCACAGCUUCAGGAGGUUUUUUUGUUCUUUUAAUUGUUUUACUAAAACAUGAUCUAUUCUUA